AUGGAAUUUCACCUUGAUGGGAUAGUAGAUGACACGAAAGUCAAAAUAUCGUUUUGUAUUAAAGAAGAUAUAGCCGACGACGGAAGCAGAUCUGCGUGGCCACAAGGAUCGUCACUAUUAUCUAUACUCGUUGCAGGAAAAUAUUGUAUUUAUAGGAAAAGGUACCAGUGCCCUGCAGGUUUCACGUCAGGUGAUGUCUUCUGGGAUGAUGAAGACACUUGGAACUCGAAUAGACUCGGCGGAACACUUCCAGAUGGCACCUAUAAUACGAACACAUGGAUCUAUUUUUGCUGUAAAACAGAUGGAGAUGAAGAUAAUCCUAUCCUUCUCCCUUCUAAAUCUCCAUUUUUUCUGUUGGCUUACAAGUCAGCGAAAUGCCAGAUGGUCAAGUGGGCAGUAGCUACUUUGGAGUGGAUAUAUUUUGACACUGAAGACUGGAACAACCAAGACCAAGCCGAUGGUGCAUACCCUCAUGAUGCUGGGAAACCACCACCUACUGUGUAUUACUGUUAUUACCGCGGCUGUAACGAAACUCUAACUGAAGUCCGUGGCACUUUCCAGUCACCGAACUAUCCUGGAAAAUACCCGAAUGGGCAGUACUGCUCCUGGAGGAUCAUGGUCAAUGUAACUCCACACAUUCACUUAACCUUCACGAACUUUAGCUUACAAAACGAGAGUAACACUGACGCGUUAUACGUGUAUGAUGGAGAGAACGCGACCGGGGAGGUAUUAGGAGUGUAUCAUGGAAGUAAUCCUCCCCCGUUGGGAGGAAUAUACUCCACGACAAACCACAUGUUUGUAAUAUUUAAAUCAGACAACCAGACGGGAUCUUACACUGGCUUCAACGCUUCUUACUAUGGUGUUAACAAGCCAGGUAAGUGUUCAUAGGGUCGAAUGCACCCUUGCUCGCAGUAACUCUGGGAACCGUGAAUGAAUUUUUCUUCGUAUUUUUCUUUUUUUCUCAGUAUGUAUUGUGGGGCAAUAUUUGUUAUGUCCUACGAGGUAUAUAUUUUUCGAUUCUAUUGGUUCUUCCUCAUUGCUUGUCCUCGACGCUGUUAAGGCAGUGGGUAUUACCCAACCUUCCUGGUCCCUAAAAGUUAACUUUUAGGUGUCCCCAACUAGUAGAGGGUUUC